AAAGUUAUCUGUUCUAAUUUUAUCGUCUGUCCUCAGGUAUUGUUCCACUUCAAAACGUUAAAUGAGCCGGCUACCAUCCAGAGGCUUUGUAGCGUUUUACACAAGAGUACAGGAGAAAUCCUACAAAAGAAACCCAGGUAAGAAAGCCCAUGUAAAUCACCACAAGGAAAGGUAAUCCCUAUAACAAGAAAGUCAAUUACCAAUAAGUGCACAGUGCUUAUUGACAUUCUCACGUGGAUGCUGCCAAUAUCAAAGAAAUGACCCGUUGACACUAUUUGCAGUUGUUAGUGUGACUGAGGGUUUGUUGUAUACCCCUCGUAUGCCUCUCGUAUACCCCUCGUAUACCCCUCGUAUGCCCCUCUUACAUUCCCAUAUUACUUCCCCCUCCUCCAAUUUAAAAUUUCAUAUUCUUGGUUGAAAUGUCACUUGGCUUGAUGAAACGUUUUAGAUGGCAAAUAUAGGUUGUUUAUAUUUUUAUCGCCAGCACGGAAAUUGUCAAACAUUCACACGAAAAGAACCCCAUAUUCGAACUUAACCAAAACCGAAGCAAUCCCGAGUUACUGUGUACACUCAAUUUAAACUUGUUCUACUGUUUUCUCAUCAUGUCUCCUUACCUCUUCAGAUGUUUAACAAAGAAUUCAAAUGCGGAGGUUGUACUUCACACCUACAAACCCGUUUGUGUUGAAUUAUACAAAGACUACAAAGAUCUUGGAAGAUUUAUGUUGCGCUACAGCGGUGAAACCAUAGCCGUGGGUAGGUUAAAGCCUUGAAAUCUUCUUUACUUUAAUACAUUCAACCCUUUCUGGUGGUAAUACUUUAGGCUAUUUUCUUGUGUCCUUAAAUAAAGAUUGGUAAUCUUUCAAACGAACAGAAAUGAACGCUGUGUUGAAAAGGUUUUUUUUUUUUUACAAGAAUAGCUUUCACUAGUUACGGGUGAUUUUGAAGAAUUGGCGUGUAUUACGUGAUAAGUUCAACCCUUGUUCCAUCCCCAAAAUGUGUUAACAGUGUCAUAGUCAGUGCCUCUUCUCCCCUUAACUCUUUUACUUCCAGAAGUGAUUAACAUACAACUUCUCCCUCUGAUAUCAAUUCAUUAUUCAGCAAACAGGUAAUGAGAAUACACAAACUUAUCAGGUACAAGUUGUUAUCUUGAUCUAACACCAAAUUCUGUUUACUAGUCUACAAGAAAAAUGUAUAGCAGCUAGAUAGGAGAAUUAACAAUCAGAUCUUGGGAGUUAAAGGGUUAACGAGCCCAAAAGUUGCAUGCAAUGAUUCUUAUAAAUUAAAACCUGACUGUGUCGUUCAAACUACUCAGUAUGGCGUCCAUUGUGUAUUUCUUGCUUGUGUUUCCACAGAUUUUAUAAAACGAAGCUUUACAAGCAAGUAUCUUCCUACAAUAACCUUGCAAAAAACUGGAAAAAGUCAAUGCUCCAGGAAAUGGACUGGAUGGACACAUACUGCUUAAAAAGAUGAUAAUAUGGACCAUGUGCAAAGCUGUCAAUAGACCUUUUUACAGUUCCCAGCGCCAUAUUGGACAUGCAACUGUGCUGUGAAAGUCGAGAUGGGUCUCAGUUUUGUGUUUGAUUGAUUGAGAGGGUAGCGACUGAAUCUUCCGGAGAAUUCACAGGGCGAUAUAGAGCUAAACCAAUGUGACUAAGAGGUACUUUAGGAGUGCUUCUUGUAACUCUUAAUGGGCAAAACAAGUUAAGUUUAAUUAAGCGUCAAAUGAAUAUCCGAGUUUUUGGAUAAUAAUUGUAACCCACAUUAUAAUUUCUCUAGAACCGACGCGAUCAUUCAUUUUCUUACCACACCAAGUGAUUAAAGGCACUCGUUUCUGUUUUGGUGUAAACGGAAACUGUUGAAUUUGAUCGAUGUAAUCCGAGUAGUCGAAGUCUAACUGUCGUCGACUUCUUCAGGGAGUUUUGCAAGUUAAGACUAAACUAAAACCGUGGCCUCCAAAUAUUUUCUCACCUUGCAUAAAAAUUUUCACAAUUUUUCACAACUUUGCCUGUUCCUGUUCGUAAGUCCAACUAUAUAAGUCGAUAUUUUCGAUAAAACGAACCCUCGAUAUAACGAACGAGUUUCCCCAGUCUCUUGGCACUUCGUUCAAUUGAGGUUCCACUGUAUCUUAGUCUUCUAAGAGUUCAGUACAAGGAUGGAAAUGCAGUUACCACUUCGUUUUCCAUACGGUCAUGAAUAACUGUUACAGAGUAACAUUUACGUCCCGUAAGACCAUCCUCGCCAACAGCGCAUUUAAACCUCCUUUUUAACUUUCGUCUGUUUGGAUAACUUUUAUCGUCUUUCUCCAAAUCUGGAUGUAACAGAGUCGCCAUGCAAAGUACUCUAAUUUCCCUGAGGUCUUUACUGUAAAAAACACCUUUACCCUUUUUCUUAGGGUACAUGUGGUAUUUGGCGAUAUGUACCCAAUUUCGCCUCCUUAUCCAAUUUUCGGAACGUAAGUUUCCUCUUGAUAUUGAACGUUUUCGUGGAGCCCGCCUCCGUUGAAUUCGUCUCUUUUCCAUAAGCAUGUCGAUGUGGAGGCUCUUGUUCCUGUCUUCCGCCUGCACGCUGCCCUUGCCGAGCCGGUAUUUCUGAUUUGUUGUUCUCGUCUCUCUUCCAGCUUGCCCACGUAUGCGGACUUGGCUUAGGAUGUUGUUGCACUUCAUUUAAAUCAAAGGGCCUCAAGCUAAAAUAUUUUUAUCAAUAAUUAUUUUCGUCUUUUUAAACCUAAAAUAUGAUAUAUUCCUGAUAUAUUUCGGGUAUAUUUCUGAUAUCAGUAUAUUUCUGAUAUAUAUAUAUUUCCUUAUAUAUCACAAAAAAACGCUAAAACUGGUUUCUCUUACCUUGGUAUAGUUCUUGAAUUUCCUGAUAAUGGACGUUUUUAUGUUUUUAAAGUUGUCUAAGACGUUAAAGUCGUCUCGACGACUUUUAACGUCUCUAGCAUAAAAACGGCCAAUCCAUCGUUCCUGUCAGCUUCCAAAAUCGGUGUCCACCAAACUUCCAUUAGCUUCUCUGGCCCUUCGAAAAACCCUUGGUUUUCGGAAAGCACUAUAUAACAUCGUCCUAAACCAGAUGAGCCCACGACAUAUCAGCGGCAUCUUGUAUGAGUAUCCGCAGGUUACAACGUGACUUCCGCUUAUUCUUGUUAAAGCGUAUUUUACAGUGUACUCAUGGAAUAGGAAGUGCGUUUGAGCCAGUUUCUGGCAGAUUUGAACAGAAAAGCGGGUCUUUUGUUGGAGUGUAAUGACAUUUUGAUCGAUGGCGCUGUUAACGAAAUGUUUGGCUGGUUCGUAAGUUGUCGACCUGGUUUCGGUCGAUCUGAUUAAUUGGCAACACCUCUUGGAAAUCCUACACACCAUCGACCUAAGCCUCAUAGCUGCCAAGUGAGCAGAAGAACAAUGACAUCAAGAUACUCGAGAAAGAUAAGUAUUAAUUUUAAUUGCAUUUGUGUUAAACUUAUAUGUACAGAAAUUUCUGAAGAGGUACUUAAUCAGAAGUUUAUCACAUGAUAAGCCUUCAAACUUGUAUUAAAUAAAUUGAUGUACAUAUUUCACAAUUUUAAGAUGAUUGUGUGAUGACAAUACACCGACGGUCAACAUUCGAAUAUUCAGCUUGAGCUUCCUCCUAAAUGUUAAGUAUUUCAAUUGAACUUGUAGAAUAUAACCUAUGGAUUAAAUGUGGGUCUAUAAGUAUCAUCCAUGAAAUUCUUACAGGCAAUUUUCAUCAUGAUAUUAAAGCACCACAAACUCAAGAACAAGGAAAAAUAAUUGGUUCAAUAUGAGAAAAUUUUUUCCGAAUUUGGUCAACAGCAGCUGGUUAUGAUGAAAUAUGUGAGUGGUUUUAACCUUUCAGAAACAGGGAAAUAUUUUGAAUGAAUAAUAAUGCAAAUUAUACCAACAUUACUAUCAGCAUCAGUAAUAGUUACAGAAUGUUAUAAUUACAGAGUACUGAACACUGUAUUUUUUAAGAAAAUCCAUUUAAAAAGUCCAUGACAGCAUUCCAUUAAAACAGUGCCAGUGCAAAUCCCUCUCUGAUAAAAUUGUGAUAUUAUAGUCUUGACAUUGAGUUUGAGGAAUGAGUGCCAGUGUAGCUAAAAGAAGCUCUACAUGUAGUACAUUUUAGUGGUCUUUUGUUGUGAUGUAUAAUCUUUAUUCAUUCUUUAUAUAUAUUCGACAUGACAGUGGAAGCAGCACAGUCUACAGUAGACUGAUGAUCUGUGUGAAGUUAAGUCACCUUAAAUUCCCCACCAAACUUCAGUUUCCUGAUUCCAAAAAAAAUUUAAUUGAUGGCCAAGUACUUACCCUCCCCAUGGGGUGAAAUAAGUGAUCCGUAGGUUUAGGAAGUAAUAUGUAAAUACGCUCCUCUAUAGCUAUUGUUUGCUUCUUUUCUGACUCUAGGGAUGUUCUCAGAAAUUUUGACAUUGUCUCCCUUCUACUCUUUGUGUUCUCUGAAAUCUAACGAUACAAUGUUUUAAUUAAAAUAAUAUUUGAAAAAUUGGUUUCUAAAAUAUUCACUCUGUUUCCAUUUCAGGUAAAUUUGUUUCAAUUCUGCACAACGAAAUGUCCAGGUUGUCUUAUCAUAUGUCCACUUCACCUACAUGUAACACAAGGCCCAUUAGGAUUAAGCGCCCUUUAUUAGGCUAGUGAUCAUUCAUGUUAAUGGUAGUGCCCCCUGAACCCUUAUUCAAUAAUUAAAAUAAACUGACAUUAUUUUCAGGAUACUUGAUUAUUUUCCUUAGGUGGAUCUUUGCUGGACAGUCACAUUUCUUCGUAUCCUGUACUAUAAAGCGCUGUUUGGUGUUGUUAUAGCAGUGAUCAGCAUUCUCCUUCUGAAACCAAAUAGAUUUAUUGGAUUGUUAGAUAGAGCAGUCAUAUGGGAAUAGUUAAGUUAUCAAUAAACUUAGAAGUAAUGAAAAGUAUCCUUUAAAAUAGUACUUGAUUCCUACCUUGUAAACUGCAGUCACAGUGGUCCUUUUUUGCGACUUUGCUUAUUUUAACAAAUAAAAUGUGAUAUGUCCUUUUACUUGCAAGUGGUAAAAAAGAAAACAUUAUUGCCUGCUAUUAGCCCUGAGGGAGAGUUGAGUGCUCACCAACUUGCUUAGAAAAAUCAGUUGGGACUUACCACCUAGUUAGCUUAAGAGCAAAUAGGUGAAGGUAAAUCAAUAACUAUGUAAUGCCCUAUAUAUGAUAUCCUCUUUGGGAGUCCUUAAGUAAUAAUAUCAUCUUGUUUACAUUCUUAUUUAGUUAACUAUUAUGCAUGCUUACAUCUUUUUGUAGUCUCUUUUGAGCCUCCUUCCUUUUGAGUGCCUUAUUUCUGUCUGGCCCAUUUUGGCAUUGUAAAACUUUGACCCCCACAAUUUGGAAUGGGAUGCCAUCAAAACUUAGUCUGCAUCCUGUCAUCUCCUGUGAGUCAGCCCAUUGUAUACGGUGGUUCUUAGCAUUUUUAUCUGCAUUUUCUUUUAUGUGAGAAGAGGAACCAAGCUAAGUUAGCAAUACGAUACUUUUACACAAACACAUACGUACAUAUGUACACAUGGGUGCUUAAAAUGGAGGGCCUCAAAAUCAAGCCUGCCCCACCCAGAUGUAGCCCAAGGACUGGUGUAAUGGAUGGGGAUGCUGGCAGCUGUGUGUCAAUAGCACUGAGUAGGGUUUUGACACUUUAAACUUGAUCUUAAUUAAUUAAGCAUUUCUUGCCAACUCUUGCUGCAGGCUCACAGUAAAUUGACACUUGAAGCUAAGUUUAAUUUUAAUUACAUGUUAAUUUUGAAAGUCUAACUGACCAGUGUAAACCGAAGAAUAAUGAUGAGUACAUGUAUUCUUAAGAUAUCAAUAAUUAUUGGAAAAAAGUUAAAUCCCUUUUUUUAUUUUGAUUUAUCUAUAUUUCAUGUUAGUAACACGAUCUCACACGCCCCUGGCUUUAAAUACCUAUAGUGUCUAAAUAAAGUUAUACUUCACUUUACUUUACUGUCAGUAUGGUUUAUUUUGUAAAUCUUUACAUGUGAGCUUACUUACCCAGCCUACUGCAAUUUGAAAAUCCUCCUGUUUGUUUAAAUACAGUGAAGCGUGUCGUCGUAGCUAUCUCGUACUGUUUUAUGAGUUCGUCAGCGCUGCUUUCAUCGUUAACAUACCCGGAAUAAGGGUCAAACUGUACGGUCCAUCUUGAAGCCCAAGGUGUACUGUUAUCAGCCAUGUUUGUUCUUCUACCAAACAUUUAGAUUUCCCGCCAAUAUUUACCCGCGAGCCGCAAAACAUAAAUGCAUGAGUGUUAAAUAUUAACUGGACCACCCCUUGGCAAAUAUAUUUAUUAGUAGCAAAUAAGAUGUUGAACAAAAGCCAAGAGAUCAUGGUCAAAUAAAACUUAAAGAUAAUUUAUUACAAACAGAAAAGAACUGUAUGUUUGUUCCAAUCGAAAGAUUUUACAGUGCAAAGUUAUGCAAAUGAUCUUUGACCUGAAUCUGCUUUUGGUCGAUGAUAGCGAGGUCAGAGGAUAACAUCGACCGAAACUAUUGGGCCGGUCAUAUUUAAGUGUCGAUCCUCCUUUUAACGCCUUUAUAACAGGCUAGAUUUUUUCUUAAAUAUGUGAUCUAGACAGAAAUUAGUUUGUACAAGUUAUGGGAAGAAUACUUUCGCAAUAAAAUAUUGAAGAAUACGACGCUUUAUCGUCAGUCACACAGGUCACGGUGUCUUGAUUCGCCGGAAACGAGCAGAAACAUAGAAGACACUCGCUACGAUUCCGCUGACGUGUCAUGGGCUCAUCUGGUUUGGGACGAUGAUAUGUAUUGCCUUAGGGGUGUUGUCAAUUAAUCAGAUCGACCGAAACCAGGUCGACAACUUACGAACCAGCCAAACAUUUCGUUAACAGCGCCAUCGAUCAAAAUGUCAUUACACUCCAACAAAAGACCCGCUUUUCUGUUCAAAUCUGCCAGAAACUGGCUCAAACGCACUUCCUAUUCCAUGAGUACACUGUAAAAUACGCUUAACAAGAAUAAGCGGAAGUCACGUUGUAACCUGCGGAUACUCAUACAAGAUGCCGCUGAUAUGUCGUGGGCUCAUCUGGUUUAGGACGAUGUUAUAUAGUGCUUUCCUUGGUUUUCACGUGACGUCACAGCAUAUGCAAAUUAGGCGUCCGCCAUAUUGGAAAACUGAACAUUUGCUUUAAUUGGUCCCAAGCCUCCGUAUUACUCACCUGACAUGCGCAGGGCAAUUAAAUAUGCAAAGGGCGCCAAAGUUAAAAAUGGCGGCUAACAGAGUGAAGCGGGAGCGUAAGACUCCGAAGAGAUUUAUUGACGAAUUCGCAGAAGCUAAGACCAAGCAAUGCAAGAAAAUAAAAACUACGGAUAAGAAUAUUUAUCCUGUAGAGAUAAUACAGGUCGACAAAGCGAGAAACAUGGUCAAAAUUCAUUUCAAAGGGUACAGCGAGAAAUUUGACGAAUGGAGGCCAUGCGAUGAACAUAAUUUGCCCGUAAUGCGAUUGGAACCGAUGUCAAAACCAACCGAUGAUUCCUUCAGCGAUCGCCUGCAAAAUUUUUAUGAACGCGUUUAUAGGGAGAUCAAGCGAAAGUUGUACUCCGGGCGCAGAGAGGAUCCAGAAGUUCGUAUUGAAAUUCAAGUCGAUGACGACGUUUUCUAUAAAAGUCUUGGAAGGAUUUCAUCCAAAAAAUAUCAGAGGAAUAAACUAAUAUAUGAAAUUCUUUCAAAUGAAACUCUGGAUUGUUAUAUCGGCACAAAGUGGAAUGAGCGGAUCAUGAAUGAAAACGGCGAUUUUGCUUAUGUUGUACCAGGAACUGUGAGAUUUUGGUUGACAAAAAGAAACCCCAUAGUGGAAUUUAAAUUAAUUGGCGAUAAAUACGUGAGAUCUGAAAUCGAAGACGGGCAUCAACUCGUUUUUACAUUUGUCCGUGGAGAUGGCAACAGAUGUGGAUACAAAAGUAUGGUCCAUCAUUAAUAUAUUUGAUUUAGCACAUGUUUAUUGAUUUUGAUCGUUGAUGUCAAAGAAUUAUUUUACUUGCAUGUGAAUUACCUUCAUAAAAUGUAAACAUGUGGUUAUAAAUUACCCAUAUAUUUCAGUCUGUGAUUCUGUUGUAAUCAAUGCAGUAACAUUUUUGAAAAAGACUCCUUGAAUGCUGUAUACAAGAAACAUUUCACAGGCAUAGCAAAUUAUUCUACUCAACUUCUACUAACAGUUUUUUAAUAAUACACUCCUUUAAUACAUUGAUAUAUUAUAUGAUUAAUGAUUGAUUAAAUCACAUCUUGGCCUCCAUUUACCAUCUAUUUUAACAAGAUGUGCACAGAAAGUGGGAGCAUCACAUUUGCUGCAUUUUGCAGUACAUGUUUUGAUGGUAUGGCCAGAAGUUGAACAGUUUCCACAGUUGUAACUUUCCUUCACCCUUUCCAAACCAGCAGCUUCCAAAAGCUGUAUUCUGUGUUUUUUCAAGAAAAGUUGCUUUAGAGCAGAAACCCCUCUAUGAUUAGAUGAUCUAAAGUAGUCCUUUGAUACAGUGUCAUUGUACUUCUCCAUACCUUGCUGAGUGUAAUAAGAUAAAUUUUGGUAGAGCUUUAAAAAUUCAGGUACAUGAGCAUACAAAGAAUGCAUAUAUGGUGUUACAUCUUUUGCUUGGUAAAGGUCUAAGAAUUUUUGAAACCAUUAUUUGAUUUUGUCUUUGAGGCUAGAGAUAGCAUCAUCUGUAGUGUAAUUAAGUUUAAGAUCACCCAUAAUAUCUAUGAAAUUAUCCCAAAGGGCUUGCAGCUUGUCCACAUUAUGAAACUCUGGUAAUAGUAAGUGAAAAUUGAUAUGUUGGAAAAGCAAGAGUUUUUCAGGUCCAGUAAGGUCUCUGUACUCCAACUUCUUGCUGUCCCUAUUAAUUUUCCAUUCAAAAUUAAUUCCAAGUUCUUUUACAAAUUUCUCAUACCCAGCCAUAUGUCUAUACUUAUUUCGACAAAACCCAUUUGAAAAAGUAGAUACCUUGUCAAUGGCAUCUUUCCUGCGAAGUUCCCUGAUCAGAAGUUCAAUUAAAUUAUCCGAUAUUCUCAAAAAUAAAUGUAGAGUAUCAAUUAUUACAUGGUCUAUGGGAAUAAAAUCAAAUAAUGGAUUAGUUUUACAAUUAUAUUGCUUAUAUUUUGCAUACUUACCUAUUUCUUGUAAAUCUCUUGCCCCAAGAGAUUUGUCAGUUAUAGACCACUUUUUACUGAUGUCAAACCUUUCAUUUCUUGGGCACUUACACCAAAUACAAGAGAAAUUUUGAUUAGCAGCCCCUAAACCACAAACACAGGCUAGAAACUUCCAGUCUCCUCCCAAAAAAUACUCAAUGCUAUACUUAUGACUAUUUACAGUUAUUUCUUUUAAAUUUGACAUUUCAUUAUUUAGAUCAGCAAGGCUUUCUUUAAGAUUGUCAUAGUUCUCUGUUGUCUUAAUUAUUGCUAGAACAUAGUUCCCUUUUUCAUUCAUUGCUGCAUCCUUUUCAUUCAAAAUUGUGUAUGUCACAUUUUCAAGUUUAAGCCUUUUCCCAAUGUUGGUACCAUCACCACUGAGCUUUACUUUAAUAGUAGUAACCUUGUCCAAUACUCCAUUUUUCUGCAGCCUUUUUAUCUGUUCCUCAAGACUCUCCCUGAAAGAAAUCUGUACUCCCUCUGCCUCCCCUGGUGUACUUCUCAGAUUCCAAUUGGCAUUGAGCUUAUCUAGGUGUUUGCAUAUUUUAUAUUUUGUGGGCAUGUCUUUACACUUCAUGGCCAACUCAUGCCAAGCUUCAUUAGAUAUAUUGAAUUUGUCCUUCAAGUAAACCCACAUAUUGAUGUCAUCAAUAUCAUUGUCAGUCAGUUCUCUUGGCUCUGUUUCCAAUUGUAACUCUCCCUCUUCUACCAAUGAAAUAGUUUCAUAUUGUUGAGUGUCAUUAUUAAAUACCUCAACCUUGGUGGCAAUAAAAUUAUAGAGGCCUAAAAAUGACAGUGCUGAGUGGCAGUCUUCUUUAAAUCCUCGCCUUAAUCUUGCCUGAUGUUGUUUGGUAUAAUCAGUGAAACGUUUGCUUUUGUUUGGACCUCUUUGUCCCUUUUUUUGCAUUCUUGCUGCUUUUUUCGCUAAUCUUUUGAAUUUUUGUUUGUAUUGUUCUUUUCUGUUUUCCGAAUCCCUAAUAACAUCUUCAAGCUCCUGCUCAAUUUUUAAUCGCUUUGCCUGCUCUGCGGCUAAAUCCAGUUCAGCCUUCCUUUUCUGCCCACGAAGCUGUUGGUUUUCCUCAAUCAAUGAGUUGUUUUCGAGCUCAUGAUAGAAAAUUUUGAAGGAGUAGUUUUUUGCCUUCCACGCAUCAAUAAGCUUCUUUAUACUUUUCCCCCCACUUUUUGACACUUUCUUGAACGCUGAGUGGAGGAGAGAAAUCUUUUUCCUGAAGACGUUGAGAAUUCUGGAAUUUAUAACAACUCCGCGAAUCUCAGAUUCCCUCAAAAUUUUUCCACGAUUCCCACAAUCACAGAAUCAACACUUUCGUCGUUCGGCUCUUGAUCAGACUUCUUCGACAGGGAAUAUAUGAGAUAGCUGAUUAAAAAAAAAUCAGUUCGGUGAAAAAAAUUGAAAAAAAUUAAAAAGAAAAAAGAAACAGGUCGGAAUACACUUCGAUAAGCGAAAUUUUUACUUACUUGUUUAUUUCGUAAGUAAACCAAGGCAGUUUUUCCCCUUUUGGACCAUUUGUUUCUUCGCCGAAAUCGUUUUGUGCAUCUACCGCCACCGCGAGAAGAGCCAGCGAAGAAAAAAUCACCAGUGCGUAAACUUCGAGUCCCAUUUCCCGAACCCAAACAAUAUCCAAACCUCAUGUAUUAUACAUCAAAUUGCGCCAAAUUUAUUGUUUUUUUCGUAUUUCGCGGUAAUGACCAGUUAUAGGCAUGCGCUUUAGAGUUAUAGCCCCAGACUCCAUGGCCACUGCUUGAAUGUGGCGUGAACCCCUCUUCGACAUGUCUGAAUCGCUAACCAUAAGUCUCAAAAACCCGAACGAAAUAUUUUAAUGAUUGCCUUCAAAUGCAGUGGUAUAGAAAGCUAAUGUACGUUAGUUUUAGAAACUGAAGGUAAGAAAGAUAGCAAUUCAAAUGAAAUACGCGAAAAAGGGGAAAAUGUUCGAAAAUUAGCGUGUUUUUGACGGACCUUAGACUGCGUGACAUGUCACGAAAAUCUAUAGAGGCAGAUGUUAAACGUAAGUUUGAUAUGACAAAAGCAAAUAAAAUUUAAGUUAAGGUUUCUCAUUCGAUCGGUCAGCAUUAGAUUCCAUCCACCAAAACCACCUCGGUCGAGAGGGACUGAGAUGGAAUAUUUAAUGACUUGCACUUGCAAAACAUAACCGAAGGUUCUCGGAAAUCCGCAAGUGACGUAGCCGAACAUCAAAAUCUGUAAAUCCCAUGAUUCUUGAGGAACAAACAGAAACAGCAUAGCGAGAAUUUUAACUUGAAGUCGCGAACCAUUGAUGGUAGACAUGCAGAUAAUUUAGGAUACGUAAAUUCUGUUGAUGAGGCGCAUAAACUUAUUGUGGAAUUUGAAACAGGAUUGACGACGAAGUUUUCUUUCUUUAAAGCUGUCAAAGGUUUCGGGAACACACAUAUAUAUUGAUAUAGCUCUUUAGCAUUACAAAGCUUUGGUAUCGCUAUUGUGCAUUCUCACUAGUUUAUCUAGUUCAAGUCCUCUGGCAUGGCUUGGAUGAUACCACAAUUGUGGAAUCAUUCGGGUUAAUUUAAUGCUUACACCUCCUUCCUCGGACAGAAGUCACAAAAAACUGGGGGAAGAUGCAUGAGAUAUUUAAGGAGCAAAAAUUCGUUUUUUACUGGUGUGCCUUUCCUAAUUUUGGGAAGGAAAGUGUUCAAUUGCCAGCACGGCAUAGAUAGAACAGCUGUAGAGAAAAGGAAACGAAAAGAUGCAGAAGAAGUACUGUAUAUAAUAAUUUCUUUUUAUCCUCAACCUUUGUGUUUCUGUCAACUAUGGCUUGCUAAUUCGAAAGGUCAAAUACUUGAAUGGGUCAUAUGACAUUGAUCUCAGAAUACUUUUAUGACAAACGUGAUAACAGUUCAAUCUUGGCUAAAUUGAAGAUGGUUUAGAAGUUAACAAUUAUAAGAACUUUUCACUAACAUAUGCUGCUGACAAAGAAGAAAAUAUAUGCAACUCUGCAUUUUUUGCUUUCUAUCAAGCAAUCAUAUGUUUGCUCCUUAUCACGCUAUGACACUUCCGUUUUGUCACAUUCCAAAAAAUAACUUGAGAAAUACACUGUCACUCAUCUUACACUGUUAUAUUUACCUAUUACAGAAGGCUGGAAACAAAGAUUUUGUUUUCAAGAAAAUAAGAUUUCUUGUCCAAGACACAAGGAAGUUUGACUGCAAAGCACAUGGCAUAUGAGGGCAGUGUGCAUGUAUUUCCUAAGUGUCUGUUUGUGUACAGAGUGGCAUCUUCAGGCACUAUGUUUAAUUUGAUG